AGAGAUAAAAUGGAGGUGGUGGUUUGGUGGUGGUUGAUGGCGGCGAUGGGCGGAUACAUGGUGGCGUUUGUGUGGGUAAAAGUAUGGUGGAGGCCGAGAAAGAUUCAGCGACAGUUAUCAAAACAAGGGAUUAAUGGUCCACCUUAUCAUCUUUUACUUGGAAACAUAAAAGAAAUUGUCAGCUUGACCGCCAAGGCAACUUCUUCUCUUCCAUUGUCUCCUCCCCACAAUAUCCUUCCUAGGGUUCUUCCUUUCUACCAUCAUUGGAACAAAAUCUAUGGUUCGACGUUCGUGUUAUGGUUCGGGUCCAGUCCUAGACUAAUAAUAUCGGAAUCGGUCCUAAUAAGAGAGAUUCUCGUGGUGAAACAAGACUUGUUUGAGAAAGUAGACCCACCUACGCAAAUGAAAAAUCUCGAAGGCCAUGGCUUGACCACUCUCAACGGUCACAAAUGGUCUCUUCAUAGGAGAAUUUUGUCACCCCUUUUUCACAUUCAAAACAUCAAACUCAUGGUGCCUACCAUCUGUAAGACAACGAAGCAAAUGCUAGACACAUGGUCGGAAAUGUCAUCAUCUUCAACCUCGGGAAAUCUAGAGAUUGAGCUCUCACAAUGGUUUCUUACAUUGACCGGUGAUAUUAUCACACAUGCUGUAUUUGGAACCAGCUAUCAACAAGGAAAAGCCAUUUUUAAUUCACAAGCUCAACAAGUUCUUGAUGCCAUUGGCUCUUAUAACAAGGUUUCAAUCCCCGGUUUCAGGUUUGUACCAACUAAAAAGAAUAGAGAUUCUUGGAAAUUGGAGAGACAAAUGAGAACGUCGUUGAUAAAGUUGAUAGAAGAAAGGAUAAAGAAUAUUGAUGAUCAUCAACGGCGGGAUAAUUGUUUCGCCGGCGAUGACGUCUUGGACUUGAUGAUAAAGGCGAGGAUUAGUGAUCAGGCUUAUCCUUCUUCUUCUACCUCGGAAUCUGCAAUCGCCGUCGAGGAUAUUGUCGGAGAAUGCAAGAACAUGUUUUUCGCCGGGAAACAAACAACGUCCAAUCUGCUGACGUGGACCACCAUUCUCCUAGCUAUGCAUCCUACGUGGCAGGAAAAGGCACGUGAUGAAGUGUUGAGCGUUUGCGGCGCUGCAAGUGAUAUCCCCACCAAGGACGAUGUUACAAAGCUCAAAACGUUGGGAAUGAUUGUGAACGAAUCGCUACGACUUUAUCCACCGCCAGUAGCGAUUCUAAGACGAGCCAAAGUUGAUGUGGAGCUUGGAGGCUACGUGAUACCUGGUGGAACCCAAGUGUUGAUUCCGACCCUAGCCGUUCAUCAUGACCCUAUUCUAUGGGGCAAUGAUUCGACCGAAUUCAACCCUGACCGGUUCUCCAAAGGUGUGGCCGGCUCAACAAACCAUCCAAUGGCCUUUAUGCCCUUCGGCAUUGGGCCACGAAGAUGCAUUGGACAAAACCUAGCUAUUCUACAAGCCAAGCUAACACUUGCCAUGAUCUUAAAACGCUUCACAUUUCAUCUUUCGCCGGAAUAUCGUCAUGCACCAACAAUUAUGAUACUUCUACAACCUCAACAUGGCGCAAAAAUCAUUGUCCGGAAGUUGUAGACACUUAGUAAAGAAUUAUAAAUCGCAUAAAUAUUGGUU